CAAAGCUGGAUAGAUACAGAGGAGACCGCUAUGGCAGUGGCAUCAACAACAACAACCAGGACUCCCACGCAUAUCGUCACUCCAGAGGUUCCUCUCGCUUUUCUGACGCCCCCUUGAACCACCAUCACUCUCGCCGUAGCCCCAACGAUUACCGCGGUGGCUCUAACCGUCUCUUCGAGAGCCCACCGCGCCUCUCUCCCCUCGCUGCCGGCGGUGGAGGGGGCUUCCGGCCGGUGGGAGGAGUAGGAGGAGGAGGCGGCUUCUCUUCGAAUCACCAGGCCCCGCCAGCUCUUUCUGGGCAGAAACGAGGGUUUCCUUUCUCUGCCCGUGGAGGGUCUCCUCCAGAUCGUUUUGAUAGAGGCAAUUUUGCCAAACUUUUUGUUGGAUCAGUUCCAAGGACGGCCACUGAGGAAGAUAUUCGCCCCUUGUUUGAGGAACAUGGGAAUGUCAUAGAAGUUGCUCCAAUUAAAGAUAAGAAAACAGGACAACAACAGGGCUGUUGUUUUAUAAAAUAUGCAACCUCAGAAGAAGCUGAUAGAGCUAUUAGAGCUUUACAUAAUCAACAUACUCUUCCGGGGGGAUUAGGUCCUAUUCAAGUUCGAUAUGCUGAUGGGGAACGAGAACGCCUUGUUGAGUACAAGUUAUUUGUGGGCUCUUUGAACAAACAAGCUACAGAAAAGGAAGUUGAGGAGAUUUUUUCACCUUAUGGUCGAGUUGAAGAUGUUUACCUUAUGCGUGAUGAAUUGAAGCAGAGUCGGGGAUGUGGUUUUGUUAAGUACUCUCAUAGAGAGAUGGCGUUGGCAGCUAUCAAUGCUCUUAAUGGAUGCUAUACAAUGAGAGGUUGUGAUCAACCAUUAACUGUCCGGUUUGCUGAUCCUAAAAGACCUAGGCCUGGAGAUUCAAGGGGAACUCCUGCAUCGGGAAAUACAGGUUUCAGUCCUCGAUUUCAGGCACCGGGAGCCAGACCAGUGCCUAAUUUUGGUGAGCCUAUGAGGGAUCGAAUCCCGCCUAAUGCUUGGCGUCCAAUGAGCCGGCUGUCCCCUAAUGCACCUAUUCAUGGUUUUGGAGGCCAGUUGCUUCCUAUGUCUGGUGGCAUGGCAAUGCCUAUGAAUUCGGGUGGUCAAGCUGGCGGCCAUAAUGGUCCUUCAGAUUAUCCGGGAGUAGCAGUGUCAUCACAACAGAGUUUUAAUCAAUCUAUGCCACAAGUUGCUCCAGUUGGCCGACAAAUAUCUCAAUUGCAGAAGCCUCUUCAAUCACCUCAGCAGUUGCCACCUUCUUUACAAUCACACCCUCAAAAUUUAGCAUCUUACUCCCAGACACAAACGUCCCUUGCAUCAGUACAGCAGCUUGGUCAGCCACAACUUCCUCAUUCAGCUGGUCAAACGCCCUUAAGUCAGCCUCUACCCUCACAACAGCUACUUGGCUUGAGUGGACAGUUGUCUGUAUCUCAGCCUCAGGUUCAGCAGAGUGCGUCGUCUGCAACAGCUCUUCACACUCCUUUAAGUAUUAACUUACAACCACAUGCUGCGCCCGCAGCAUCAAAUCAAAAGCAGCUUCCUGCUGCUCCAGUCCAGCAGCAACUGCUUCAGCCUCCUCAGAAAUCACCUUCUCAAUUAGCUCAGAUGCUGUCACAACAGACACAAUCUCUUCAGGCAAGUUUUCAGUCAUCUCAACAGGCUUUCUCCCAGCUCCAACAACAGUUACAACAAAUGCAGCCACCAAAUCAAGGUUUGGCUUUGCAGCAGAGUUCCCAGGCUACUAAACAGCAGCAGUGGGCUGGGAUCACACCACAGGCGCUUGGUAGCACCCCUGCUGUUGUAUCUGCAGAUGUGCCUUCAUCCACAUCUGCUGCUGCUUCUGUACCUGCAACAGCCCAAGCUGUACCUCCUGUAAAAGGCAAUUGGACAGAACACACCUCCCCUGAUGGAUACAAAUACUAUUAUAAUAGUGUUUCUGGUGAAAGCAAGUGGGAGAAACCUGAGGAGUUGAUAUUAUAUGAGCAACAGCAUCAGCAGCAGCAACAAAAGGUACCAGUUCCGCAACCUCAGUCCCAAUCACUCCCUCAGCAUCUAUCUACCCAGCAGGUUUCACAAACACAGCAACUGCAGCUUCAACCUCAGUUUCAAACGCAGCUUCAACCUCAGUUUCAAACGCAGCUUCAUAACCACCAGCAAUUACAACAACGGUCUUUAUCGUCAUCGUAUCAGGCUUCAGGAAUAAUAACUCAUCAAAAUGUACAGGAACUUGGCUACACACAAUUACGGGGGGCAUCUAACACAGUCAGUGAUCCUUCUCGCUUUCAACAGGGGCUUCAGGCUGCUCAGGAGUGGAUGUGGAAGAAUAAGCCAGCAGGAGCUUGAAACCCAGGAAUAGAAUAUGGGACGGUGCAUGGGCAAAAGAGUUGUGAUGCAGAGUGCAAAGGAUUUGAAGACCUGUUUCAAUCUCACUGGCUAACAGGAGCAGCCAAAUGUUUUUAUUGUCUAGAUGCCAAAAGCGUAACGGGAACAUUUCUUUCAGCCAUGUGGUUAUAUAUUAUUCAUGGUGAGGUUUUACUGGCUCACUCCAACUUGUGUGCCAUUGUCACAAUAAAUUGUUUUAGUGUAACAUGUCAUAUGAGAAUAACUAGAUAGCUUGAUUUUAAUA